AUGGUGAAUGCGGCGCGACCCAGUUCGAAUUCCGACAAGGAAAUCAUCAACCUACGCAAUAAAUUCUACGACUGGUUGAUGGAGAAGGGCACGCUGGAGCUUAACGUUAAACGUGACUCGUGGCUCAAGAGAAAAGCGGCCGAACUGGCAGAUUUGAAGCCCACUCCAGCUACCGUGGAACUUGCAGUCAAUCUUCAAGCUUUAUCCAUGCUAUGGAAAGGUUACCAGAUUUCUUUUUCUAUUGGGGAUAAUUUAGGGAUAAUGAUGCAGGCAUUAGCAGAGGAUGAGCCAACAAACUUCAAAGUGAUUGAGGGUUUUUACAACUGCAUGCUCACAAAGAAGGAAGAAAUCUAUGGAUAUUCUUCGUUUCAGAAAGCAAUCAAGGCUAUUCUCCCCAAGCCAUACCAAGUUGCGAUGUCUAAUUUUCCAUCACUCACCGACUUGAUCCAAAUAGCCCCGCGCCAAUACUUCAUGAUCCUGAUUGCUGAGUUGGCCGAAGUAUGCCAAGAUAUAGGACCCUCGAUCAUCGCUCAUCGAGAAAAUUUUUGGGAGCAACUGGAGAUCGUUUCGAUCAGGGAUAACUUCCAGCCUUUGAUCAAAGCCUACCAAAAAUUUUGUCAGUACUUCAAAGACGGGGCUCCUUUUGACAAAGCAUUCGAAUAUUAUGAACUUGUUACAUCGAUCACAAACGAUCUCAUGCAAAUGGAGGGAGCUGAAGCCAAAAGGAUACGUAGUGCGCAUGUUGAUAAGCUGGUAGUAGUACAAGCCUCAACAUCGCAAACCAAAGGAUCUAAUCCAGAAGAAUCAGAAGAAAGACUUGUCAACGAAGAGGUGGAAAGGGCGAUGCGACACAAGUUUAACUUGGCGAUGAAUUAUGUCGAAGAACUUCAUCAGGGUCUUCGUUCGGGAACCGUACGUGACAAAUUUCACCCCACUACCCGCGCUGAUGAAGAACAAAUACACGAAAUUGCAACACUGUUCCGUGAUCUCAUGACCCCGCAACACAUCAAGGAUCUACAGGAAGUCGACUACAAGAUCAAUCUUGAAGUUUCCAAGACCAAUCUGCCAGAAGUCGUUAAAAGCAAAGUGAACGCAUUGACAUCUAUACUCCAUACAAGGAUACGGAAUUCAAAGACGGCUCAGUCAACCUAUUCCAGCGGAGAGUCCUCUGGCGAGCUUUGGGGUCAAGCUUUGGCAGAGGCGUUCAGCAGUCAACUUCAGGAUCACUCGCUCGCAACAUCUGAUGAUCAGCAACUUCUCUCAAACAGACCUUCACUGCAGAAUAACCCAGUAAUCUGGCGCGGAAUAAAAAAUUCCGUUCUGAAAGGGACCAAUGAUUCUGAAAAAACCCAUCUUCUACAAUGGGCUCAAAACAAAUUGAAUGGAUUACAAGAAUAUCCAAGGUUGAUCACCAGUUAUGAGCUAGACCAAUUGAGAAACGUGUUCAUGAACUUGAUCAAACCAGAUUCAAGAGAGCAUUCAUCAGCGGAAUGGGAGCAAAAGCUUUGUCUGAUGAUGUCAGAGCUAUCAUCAUCAGAUUUGGCGAUGAUGAUGGUCGAGAUUGUAGGGGAUUUCGGCCAGCUUUUGAGCGCCCAAAGACUACAUAGACGGCUCGAAGAAGAGGUCAAACCAUCCGUUAAACCAGAAACUUAUAGCAUCUUGCAGCGGAUUUUACCCGGCAAAGAUGGUACAACUGAAUUUCAACCAGACGAAUUUCAGCAGAAAAAGUUGAUCGAAAUGUUGGAAACUAGUAAAGGAUCUGAUAUUGUGAAGUUUUUGAAUUGUUUUAAUUUGAAUCAAUAG